CCCCUCCCCCCGCGCCCCUCCCCCCCCAUAAAGCCGCCGCCGCAGUCGAGCUCCGAGCGCCGCCGCUAUCGGGUCCCGUCGGCAGCUGCUGGGCGUCGCCUGCGCCUCACGAUGCCUUCAAUUAAGCUGCAGAGUUCAGAUGGAGAGAUUUUUGAAGUCGAUGUUGAAAUUGCAAAACAGUCCGUGACCAUAAAGACUAUGCUGGAAGACUUGGGAAUGGAUGAUGAAGGCGAUGAUGACCCAGUCCCUCUUCCAAAUGUCAACGCAGCUAUUUUAAAAAAGGUGAUUCAGUGGUGCACCCAUCACAAAGAUGAUCCACCUCCUCCUGAGGAUGAUGAGAACAAGGAGAAAAGAACAGAUGACAUCCCUGUGUGGGAUCAAGAAUUUCUGAAAGUAGACCAAGGAACACUUUUUGAACUCAUCCUGGCUGCAAAUUACUUGGACAUCAAAGGUUUGCUUGAUGUCACAUGCAAGACAGUUGCCAACAUGAUCAAGGGGAAAACUCCAGAAGAAAUUCGCAAGACAUUCAAUAUUAAGAAUGACUUCACUGAAGAGGAAGAAGCACAGGUACGUAAGGAGAACCAGUGGUGUGAAGAGAAGUGAAGCAUUGUGCCUGACACUCGAACACUGUAAGGAUUGUUCCAAAUACUAGUUGCACUGCUCUGUUCAUAAUUGUUAAUAUUAGACAAAUGCAGCAGCAAAUGAAGUUGUGUUAGCAAGAUAUUGUUCCCUUUGCAUGUGUAGUGUUGUUUUUUUUGAGUAUAAAUUUAAAUCUGCGUUUUUACUAGUGUAAUGGGAUGUCUUUUUACUUUACUCUGCAACGAAUAAAACUGAACCAAGUGUGGAUUCUGUAUGGAAAGUAGCACUUAAGGUUGUCAUUUUCAUUAUACUUUUUUAACUGUUCCCAGUCCAGUUACAAUCUUAAGUGUUGACUCCACCAUUGUAAAUAAAACCACCUUUGCUUUCUUCCUCAGGAAGAACAAAACACUUAUUUACAGGGUAUUGAUGGCUUCAGAAAGGAAAAUUAAAAUUAAAUGUGUCUUGGGGAGCUACAUAAAGUUUAAAAAAAAAAAAGUUGGAUUUCUUACAGAGACAUUUUGGAAAAAUUGGUGUUACUUAAAGCUAUAUGACUUUGAGGAUGGUUCUUGUUCUGCAUUUAAAAAAAAAAAAAAAAA